UCAGCUCAAGCAGUACUAUGGCGCUCACGCUUCUCAGUGUGGUGUGUUCUGGGUUCGUCUGGGCUCAAGGGAUCUGGGCACAAGUUGUGGAAUCUAAAAAGCCCUUCCUGUCUGCCUGGCCAAGCCCUAUCGUUCCCAUCAGAGAGCAUGUGACUCUGUACUGUCAGUCUGAGCUUGGGUUUGAAAUGUUCAGACUGUUCAAGGAACAGAGGGGUCGCAUCCUCCAGAUGCAGAACUUCAGCUCCCAGCAGAGCUUUGUGAUAGGCCCCGUGACCACAGCACAUGCAGGGAUCUACAGAUGCCAGGGAUUUUACUCUGAAUCUCCUCAUGGAUCAUCAGCACUGAGUGACAGCCUGGAGAUUGUGGUCACAGGAAUCUACAGAAAGCCCUCACUCUUGGCCCUACCAGAUCCCCUGGUGAAGUCAGGAGGGGUAGUGACCUUGAAAUGCUUCUCGGAGAUUGUGUUUGAGACCUUCAUUCUGGUUAUGCACCGAAAGGGACGAAGCGUGGACCCUCUGUACCUUGUUGGGGAGCCUUAUGAUGGAGGCUACCAGGCCAACAUCUCCAUAGCUCCUGUGACUACUGCACACACUGGGACCUACAGAUGCUAUGGUUCUGUCAGUCACCAACCCUAUGAAUGGUCAGACCCCAGUGACUCCCUGGACAUCACAAUCAAAGCUCCCGAUGACCCUGGCUCUUCAUGUCCUUUUGAUCUUAAACUAGGUCCCGUUUUUCAGAAUUGCACCUUGGGGAAUUCCAUCAGGAUAGUUGUGGCAGGGCUGAUCCUACUUGCUCUGUUGCUGAUGCUGACUAAGGCCUGGUGGAGCCAUGAAGAGCUUAAAGAUGGAGAGAAGGAAAAUUUUACAGAACCCGAGGGACCUCAGGCCAUAAGUAAGCUGUGGCUCAUCAGGAGAUCCCAUGGCCUUGGAUGGCUUUGUAGAGGAGAGGAUCUUCUCAAGCUUCAUGGAGAAAAUCUCACAGAGAAAUCUUUUUCAGGGCUGAGUCUGGAACCCAGAACCACAACGAUGGCAGGACAAUUCCCCAUACCCACCAUCUGGGCUGAGCCAGACUCCGUGGUCACCAAGGGACAGUCUGUUACUAUCUGGUGUUUUGGGACUGAGGAAGCCCAGGUGUACUAUCUGUAUAAAAAGGAAGGUUCAAAAUCCUUGAAGCCACAGACUGUGUUUGAGCCUGGGAACAAGGCCAACUUCUCCAUUCCAUUCACGACAGAGUACCACGCAGGACGAUACCACUGCUACUAUUACAGCCCUGCUGGCUUAUCAGAACAGAGCAACGCCCUAGAGCUGGUGGUGACAGGAUUCUACAGCAAGCCCAAUAUCUCAGCUCUGCCAAGCUCUCUGGUAACCUCAGGAAAGAUUGUCACCAUCCAGUGUAGCUCACAUCAGGGAUAUGGAAGUUACAUCCUUACUAAGGAAGGAGAAAAGAAUGUGUCCUGGACUCAGAACUCACAGAAACACCCCAAUGGACAUUUUCUGGCCCUGUUUCCUGUGGGACCAGUGACUUCCAAACACAGAUGGGCCUUCAGGUGCUAUGGAUACUACAAGAGCACCUCCCAGAUGUGGUCAGUACCCAGUGAGACCCUGCAGCUCCUCCUUUCAGAUUCACACUCACAAGAUCACACAGUGGAGAAUCUCAUCAGGAUGGCUGUGGCUGGCUUGAUUCUGGUUGUUCUUGGGAUUCUACUGUUUGAAGCUCAAAAGAGCCAGAGAAGUCCUCAAGAUGCAGAGUGUAGGUGAAUAGUGCAUCUCUUAAUAUGGUAGAGACUUGGAGAUGAAUCUACCAAGUAGAGAAAAAUCAUGGAAGAAAAUUUGUGGCACAAAUUUUCUUUGGAGCACACUGUUGAGUGCUCCAAAGAGAACAUCAUAUUUGGGUGCAGGCAAAUGUCAGAGAGAUCUGUGAAAAGAACUCCACACCCAUUCAACUGGGACAGUGUGGUGACUUGACUGAGUUGGCCUCCAUAGUCUUAGGCAUUUGAAUGUUUGGUCCUCAUUUGGUGAUGCUGUUUGGAGAGACUUAGGAGGUGUGGUCUUGUUGGAGGAAUUGUGUAACUGAAUGUUUAAAGACUCUCAUCAUUUCUAGCUCACUGUUGUGUAUCCAUUUCCUCCAUAAUCCAUCCUGCAGAAAAUCUUAAGUCAGAAGGCAAGCAACUCAAAAUAGCCCCAGGAAGGCCCUGAAAGUGACCAGAUUCACUAGGCCCCUUCUUCCUAAGAGUUAACAAGAAGAGCUGGUGAGAGUCAGUUAGACAAGGUAAGCUGCAAAGAAGAAUCUGAGAACAGAGCAGCUACCAGGAAUAAUAAACAAAAUAAAUCAAAAACACAGCUGAGCUGCCUAGCGGAUGUUUAGACCAGCAUUACUUGGAAAGGAUACUCUCCAGCCUGUUUAGCUUGCCUGAAGGCUGUGUAAUAUGCCCUUUGUGAGUUGUCACCCAUGCUGGGGCAAAAUUUGGUGAUGCAGAUGACUUGGAGUCAUUUCUGCUCCUGUAAGUAAUCUUAACAGAACUCAUUGGUUCACCAAAUUGGACUUUAGUGGUAGCCAUACUUCGGUCUGUCAUGUCCUCCCUUUCUAGAGUGAGUAGUGUCUACUGUGCAUGCUGUGUCUCCCAGGAAAAGUCUUGCCACAGAACAACUCUUUCCUUCUUGUGCUUGUGAUUCAAGAUGCGAGCUGUCAGCUUUCUUUUGCUGCUACCAUGCCUUCACUCUGUCAUCAUGGACUCAUCCUUUGGAACUUCAAAUGCAAAUAAACUACUUGUUCUACAA